UAUCCCGUAAUGCUCUAAUGCAAACGAAAAAUUAGAUGACGUUAUUUGCAUCACAUGACUGCCUACACGAUAAAUCAUAUCCCGCGUUUUUUGCUAUUGGAAACAUCUGCGCACGGAAUCAUCACUUCGCUCUCUCAUGCGUCUUCGAAUUCUUCAUAUUUCUGAUCUGAAAACGAUUUGGAUUCUAUCGUUAUUCUGCUAAAUUCUAAGGAUGGUUUAUUCUAUAAAUCUCACCGUACCUACGCCACUGGGUGGACCACAACGCCUAGAAAAAAAAGUUGGAAGUAGUCCAUAUUCUGGAUAAGCUUUGUGUUCUAAUGCAAACGAGAAAUUAAAUGACUACACAUUAUUUCUUCCAUCUGUAUUCGAUAGAUCCUAUACCGUACUUUCUACUACCGAAAACAUCUCUGCACGAAAUUGCUCCGCUGUUCCCUGCAUCUUCGAAUUCUGUCACAUUUCUAAAUUGGAAAAACGAUUUGGAUAGUGUUAUUCCAUUGUUAUCCUACUAAAUUCUAAAGAUGCAUUCUAUAAAUAUCCUACAGCCACAAAUGAACUCUCCAGUUCGUGAAGAAAAUAUUUCUCCACAUGCUUCAGGAAGAGACCACCUCCUCUCCUACCUACUGUGUCCUAUUCAACACCAGAAUGUAUUGUUUCUUAAUCGACGUGGUCGUGACCCUCUCUCAGUCCAGUGGACCUGACAAUCUUUCUAAUCCACCAUGGGUCCUUCUCACUUUGUUCUUCAUCCAUGGUUCCUCGUCUUUCAUCGCCCUUCCGGACCCGAGACAGGGAAACUCCGUCAACCAGUCCGAAACAAGCCCACAAUCAUCUGGUAAACGCACUCACGGACUGGACGCUGAUCUAGUGCCGGAUGAUGCACAGAGCUCAGCCAACUUCUUCACCUCGGACAUAGGGGGAACCUUCGACCUCCCGACCGACUAUGGGACAGGAGUCUUUGAUCAAUUCCCGGACUUGUCUUAUUUCCCGGAAUUCGGCGAGAUUUUCCGCAUUUCCCGGACAACCACGCCGCAGCCUCCUUUCAGAUUUCCUUCCUACGUCCGAGAGGCAUUUCCUGACAGCUCAGGCGGAUCAGCGAGUGCCUUCAGCGAUUCUUACGGUGGCCGGCGGCCUUCCAGAAGACCCCCUCGCCCGGCAUCGAGCGGGACCCGGACUAAGGUCGCCAAGCAUAAUCAGAAUGAGCCCAAGGAAAAGGCGAGGGCUUUAAAAAGCAAGCCGACGCCAGGAAAAUCGAGGACCUACCCGAAGAUCUUCAGAUUCACAGCAGACAGGGUGAAUUUGGCGGAUUUCGACAUGAAGAAAAAGGUGAACGAGAAUUAUCUGACUUUGUCCAAGGGGGACGAACUCGAUUCAGAUAGGGUCAAAAGGAACGAGUUUUUGAUUCUUCAUGGGGGUGUGUUCGAAAUCGAACCAUCGGGUAGGUCGGGACUGAUAGCGGCCAGUAGUGAUCCGCACACAGAAGUCACACCAGUAGAUGACAAUGCUGGAAGAGAUAAGCGGGAAUUGAACAGAACGCCAUACUUCUAUGCGGAGUGAUAUGUUUUAUUGACUUCAAUCCUGAAAUGGAUGAAAGUUGCAGCUAUAUUUGUGUCGUGGCAUUAAAACGUGAAUGAACUUAACUGUGAAUUAAAAGUUCUGUCUAAUCACACAACAUAUUGAAUUAUUACAGACGUGUAAUCAUUUUACUGUAUGCCAUCAACUGCCGUUCCAAGCACACAGGAAUAUGGCCAUUCUGAAUAAAUACAUUAUUUACACAUAAAA